AUCUCUUUCUGACAUCUUUCCCUACAAACUCUUCCAGACUAUCUCCUGGAACCCCUCUCUACCAACUCUUUCCUAUCCUGCAAGAUAUUCAUGCACCCAGAAGAGGAAGAAACAUUGGCGCAGUCGCUUACCGCGAUCGUAGACAUAGGUCCCAACGGGGUCCGCUUCUCCAUCUCGUCGCUUGCGCCAUACCACGCGCGGAUCAUGCCGUGCCUCUACAAAGACAAGAUCAUGGCGGUGCUUUUCCAGUAUGUGAUCGCCAGUGAUACGGCCGAGCACCGCGACCUCAGCAUCCCCGCGGAGACGAUCAGCGACGUGGUGCGCUCGAUGGUGCGGUUCAAGCUCACAUGCGAGGAUUUUGGCGUGGACACGGACAAGAACGUGAAGGUGGUGGCGAGCGAGAUGAGUACGUACACACCGAACGCGCCAGACUUUUUCCGCCGCAUCACGGAGAUCACCGGAUGGCCCGUGGAGGUCAUCUCGCGCCACGACGAGGGCAUGAUGUACGCAUUCGGCGCCGCGAGUUCCAUCACGCGCAACAAGGGCUUGCUCCUCGACUUGAGCGGUGGGUCGCUCCGCUUGGGCUGGAUCUCCAUCGAUCACAAGACCGGUCCGGUGGCCGUGAGCCCCACGCCUUUGGUGUUGCCGUACGGCUCCGCCACGCUUACCAAGACGCUCAACGAGGCGUGCGCACUUGGCAAUGAAAUAGCCGCACGCACGGCGUUGUACCGCGAGAUCCAGGACACGUUCCGUGACUGUACCGAACACAUCCAGCUUCCACAGGAGCUCUUCCAAGCCAACGAGGGCUUUGAGUUGUUCACGUGUGGCGGUGGAUUCCGCGCGUUGGGCCACUUACUUCUCGCGGAGGACAAGGACAAUCACCCCAUCUCCACCGUCAUCAAUGGCUACGAGGUACCGUUCACAGAUGUGCAGAACAUGGUGGACUACUUGUUGUUGAAGAAGACCGUCCCGCACCCUGACCGCGCGAUCUUCAAGCUCAGUGACCGCCGCCGCGCGCAGUUGCCGGCCGUAGGCUUUCUCUUGAGUGUGCUCUUUGAGUGUCUCCCGCCGAUUAAGACCGUGCACUUCAGCGAGUGCGGCAUGCGCGAAGGUAUGCUCUACAAGUCGCUUCCGCUUGAGCUAUUGAGCCAAGACCCGCUUAUCACCGCGACAAACCCGUACCGGCCACUUCUCGUGGACAAGUACCUCAAGCUCCUCGAGAAAGCGCUCCCCGUAGAGGUCAUCCCCGACGAGAUCCUCCACUCGCUUGCGCCUGCCUUGUGCAACAUUCUCUUUGUCCACUGCUCGUACCCGAAGGAGGUGCAGCCGACGGCAGCAUUGCACAUCGGCACCAGUGGCAUUCUCCUGGGCUGCCACGGGCUCAGCCACCGACAGAAGGGCUUGAUCGGCAUUGCAUGCUGCGAGCGCUGGGGCGGCGAUAUCUCUACCAACGAGCAGGUGUUCUACGAGAAGUUGUCGCGCAUGAUCCUCAAGAGCGGCGAAGAGCCCGAGAUGGAGUUGAUGAUCUACUGGUCUAAGUACAUCGGGCGGCUUAUGUUUGUUUUGUGCGGCAUCUACCCUGGUGGUAACAUCCGCCAUGGCGCCAUUCACUUCGAUGUGCAGCCCUACAAGAGCAAACGGCCUGGUGACGCGCCGACCGACCCCCAGAGCACUGCACGCGAGGAGGACGAUAUAUUGGGCGUGGACAAGUUGAACCAGCUCGCGCUCUACGACUUGCCGGAUAACAGCAAACGCCACUACAAGAUCUGCGUGAAGAUCCGCAAGAAUGAUAUCCAGAUCUCGUCCGCCACCGUCAAGACCCGUUUGAUUGAACUUCAGAAGUACAUGAGACUGUUGAACAAGGAGAGCAAAGCCAUGCACAAGUGCAAGAUCGAAGUCAAGUAUGCGUCGGAGAAGGCCUAAGUGAUAUGAGUAAUGUACGAACCAAG